ACCACAUCACCAUCGCAAGCUCUCUCAGCAAUUACAACACGAAAUUGGAAUAUCAUGUAGCAUGUCCAUAUUGGGGAUUGUUAGACCCCGCACCUUUGCGAGGGCUUUUCCCUCACCACGAUCAAGACUCCAUUCGAACGGCCUUGCCCCGCGAUCACUCCACAUAUCGCAACGAUGUCUUUCCGAUCCAUCACCUGGGGAAGAACCUGAAGAAGACGCGCCUCGAUGGAGAGUAGAUAAUAAGAUCGCACGAGCAUUUGACGAAUUAGACUUCGAUGCGUUCGCCGAGUCGGUGAUGGAAACGGUGGAGGAAGAUACCGAUCCCAAUGAAGCCUCUGAAAUCCGGGGAGCAUGGAAAGCUCCCAUCUUCCCAACAUCUCCACUCAUGAACCCCGAGUUCCUGGCCGCGAGACAGAAAUACAAAGCCCCCAAACCGCUUCCUAGCGGAGAACCGACCACCUUCCAACGAAGACUAGCUAUGAACCCAUAUGCCAUCGCCCUCGCGACUCCCAUCCGACUAUGUCAAAUGACUCGCACCCCCAUGCCAUCUUUCUUCCUGCAAGACAUCCAAUUGGCAAAACAUCCUAACUCUGGGUCACCAAUCUACGUACCACGAGGCGUCUUUCUCGAACCCAUAAAAGCCAAGCGCCCAAAAGAAAAGGGUGCUACCGACAGCCUAGUCCUCUGGCACGACCGAGACCUCCCCCAGCAACUGAAGACUGAGACAGGAGAGCGUAUAGGACCAGGUCUCUACGUCUUAGCAUCCAAACGACUGAUGGGCGCUUUCCACGACGUACGCGCAGGCUUUAGAGGCAACCCACUCGCUCGUCUGAUGCCGGCGCGUAUCAUGAAAAGACCGGAGAUCAGCAAGACCUUUUUACGCGCGCAUUUUAGGAAGGACAUGCAUGAAUUCAUCCUCGAGCUUGCGCGGAGACGGAUAUUUGAAAUGCUGGUCAAUCUGAAUUCGAAAGAUAGGAAUAUCUAUCUGAGUGGAUACGAUACCUGGUCAGAGGCAUUGACUUACUCUAAGAGUUACACGUCGAGGAAAGUUGUGUUCUUGUGGACGAGGCCGGUGGCCGUGGAGGAAGGCAAGGAUGUAAUGCCGCCGGGAGAGUUUGCAACCAUCAUGAAUGGGAGAUGGAAGGUGCCGUUGCAUAAUAUGGAGAUGUUACUUGGGCAGGAAAAGCUGGAGGAGCUGAGACAGCACAAGCGUGCUGGUCACAAGCGGGCUAUAUUCAAUGCACCCAUUGUCAAGAUCAAGAGCAAGAAUAUGACGAUGGGGUUGCAGCUUCGACUUUGGUGGCUGCAAUGCUACCUGGCGGAACACAAACAUAUCGAUACUCGAUCAUGAAUCUUGUAGGAUAGUGUAUAUAAUAUGUAUACCACAUCAUGAAAACAUAAAUUCAUGGAAUAAUCUACAUAAAUCAUUACACAUCGGGUAUCGUCUCAAUCACAACUUCGAACUCGGCUUAACCCCCACAUCCCCCUCCCCAACCCUCGCCAACACCCAAUCCCCCACAUCCUUCGCAAACACAUCCCGAUUAUCCGGUAAAUCCGCAUGCAACUGAUGAUACCACCCCUCAUAACUCUUAAACUCCUUAUCCUCCACAUCCCUCUGCUGCUCAAACCACUUCCGACUCGCCUCAUAACAAGUCCCCAUAUCCUUCGUCCCAUGACCCAGCCAAAGACUCCUCACCCCCUUAUUCAACGUCGUCUUCCCCUGGCUCAACGCUGCAGUCCGAUCAAGCAUCCCAGAAAGACCCUCCAGAGUCCCGGUAUCGUGCAAUAAUUUAUCUUCCUUAAGCGACGCAACGACAGCCGGAUCCCUAGAAAGGUUCUCCGGCGGCAACGGCGCGAGUUUCUUCAUGCGGGGUAGUAAUCUUCCUGCCAGCCUUCCGAAGAAUACCGUUACGCUGGAGGGCUCAAAACCCUUGGGGAAUGCAAUGAAUGGGCUUUCUAGGAUCCAGCCGCGGAUACUGGCCGUUAACUCUUGAUGCUCGGGACUACUAGCCAGAAUCAUUGCUUCUCCGCCCCCCAUGGAGUGUCCCAUGGCGAAAACGGGGAUGGGUGACGGCAGAUGGGUUUCAAUGAAGGAUACGAUGUCGGAUAUUACGAGGGGGGUUGGACCGGUUAGGCCGGCGUGGGAGGAUGAUUUUACGGAUUGGCCCCAGCCGCGUUGGUCGAAGCCGUGGACGGAGAUUCCUCGUGCGGCGAGAGAGGGGAAUAAAUCGUAGUAGCGAUUGAUGUGGUCGUUGAAGCCGUGGAUGAAGAUUAGUUUUGCGAGGGCGGGCUGGUCUGGCUGGGGGAGUGUUAGAUUGGGAAGAGUGAAGGAGAGUGAAGGAUAUACGUACUAGCCAGCUCUUGGUGUAGAGCUCAUGAUCGCCGAUGCGGUGGACGCCUUCUUCUGUUGUUGGCAUCGUCGUUCGUAAAGUUGUUGUAAUUGAUGUUGUUGUUGAUGUGGUGUUAUGAACUAUAAAAGCUUCUAGGUUGGAAGCUUUGGAGAGCCUGAGCUUGUGAUAGGCCCCAUAACCCAGAUACAUCCCUGCGACGAUCUGAGACAGCGGAACCCUGCCGCUGGUCCGCCAAAGUACGGAUCCCUGAUGUAUGGAUUUUUUUAUUGCGCUUCCGAUGGAAUAAUCGCAAUUGAAGCGAUUCACACAUCCACUUCUACCAUGAAUACCCACCUAACGCGGUGCUCGAUUCCAAGGCGCUCCCUAUCCGUAUCUUUAUUCUCAUCGUGUUCUCCCCGGCGAGCAUUCUCCAAUGGCACAAUUGAAGGUCCAUCUCCCCACAAUCCCUGGUCGCCCAUCCUAACAUCGUAAACAGAAAACGACAUCGUCCUCCUAGAAAGAAUCAACGCCAAGCGAGCACCUUCACGCGCAGAGCCAAUCCUCAGUCCACCCCUCAGCCCAAGAGGCCAUGUCGUACUAAGUAAGGGCAGCGAUAAAUUGCGUGGCGAAUGGAUCAUUGGGAAGCAGCUCAGAGAGACGGUAAGGUCGAGACGUGGGCUAGAUUAUAGGUUGCUUCGACCGAGUCUGGCCGAGUAUACGGAUCUGAGUCCGAGGCUUGUGACGCCGAUUUAUUCUUCGGAUGCGGUUGCGACGCUUGCGCUGUUGGAUUUGCAUCCCACCACACCCGGGACGAAGGAUGAAGAUGGUGAUCGGAAGUUGGAGAUCUUUGAGGCGGGCACGGGACAUGGUGCUUUUACGUUGAAUUUAUCGAGGGCGGUACAUGCUGCGAACACAACACCACCGACGAGAGAAAAGGAUUUUGAAUACGGCUCGAAAUACCAAACUUGGAGAUCGAAUCGUCGAGCUGUAAUUCACACCCUCGACCUCGAACCAAGAUACUCGGCUCACGCAGAGAACAUGAUAAAAUCCUUCCGGAAGGCAAUGUACUACCAUAACAUCGAUUUCCACACCGGUACCAUUCCCUCUUACCUGUCUGCCCGAUUCGCCGAAACCAACGGAGCCCCCUUCCUCGAUCACGCGAUUCUUGAUCUGCCUAAUUGUCAUGAGUAUAUCGAGAUCGUUGCCAAGGCAUUGAAACCCGAUGGCUCACUUCUUGUUUUCGUACCUCAGAUUACGCAAGUCAACAAGUGUGUCUUGCAUUGCAAGGAGAAAGAUAUCCCGCUUUUUCUGGAUAAGGUUGUGGAGCUGGGAGGUGCGAUGGCGGUCGGGGGCCGCGAGUGGGAUGUUAGACCUGUGAGGACGAGGGCUUUUUUGGCGGGUAUUGCAGAGAGGGAGGUGAAGAAGGGUAUUAUUAGGCAGGAUGGAGGAGAGAUCGAGGCUGACAAGGAAGAUGAUGUUGAUGUGGCUGAAAAGGAACAUGAGGUUGCUGAGGUCGAAAUUGGAAAUGAGGUAGAGGGGAGUAGUAAGGAAAGUGGUGAGGGCGAAUGGGAGAUGGUUUGUAGACCUAAGGUUGGGGGGAAGAUUCAAGGAGGUGGGUUUGUUGGGCAGUGGAGGAAGAUGACCGUUCAGACGACGGCGAAGGAGAAGUGGUCGAAUCGUCGCCCUUCACAUGAUCCGGAAGACAUACCCGAUCAGGAAGUAAUAGAUUUGAUUAACAAAAAGAUAGGCCAGUAUCAAGACUAAGUAAUGAUUCCGUUGCUUUAAUAUUUUGGUCGAGACCAGGUAUUCGAGCAGAUGAUCUCUAACCAGUUAGAAGACACUUUUGCAAUAUGCGCAGGGCUGCCGAGUUUAACUACUUGGUAUUGACGGGAUUGACGAGGCGUGGAAUCCGGGCCCAGAGCUCAAUGUAUUUUAGUGUAUAUGUAGACGUAGAUUUAGAUGUAGAUUUUUACAUAGACCUAGAUAUACCCCCC